GUAUUAAUUUUGCAUAAAAAAAGUUGAAACCUUUAUCAGAUAACUUUGCAGACCGAUGUUCCCUAAAGCGUCUCUAACUCGUAUAUCUAUACAUACAUAAAUUUGUAUCUAUAUAUGUACUGUUUCUGAUCUGUGUUGGGUGAUGAGAGGAUCGAAGAAUCUUACUAUAGACGGAGAGUAGAUUUCAUUAAUCUCUUCUUCUUCAAAAGAAAAAAACAAUGGCUUGGGACCCAAUUCUCUGGAUAGUUUUUUCAAUCAUGAACAUUACUCUUUUAGGUUUAAAUUUUUACCAGUUCCUAGGUUUCUCGGAUUUGGAAGCUGAUUAUUUGAAUCCGUACGAACUAUCAUCUCGAGUCAACUCGGUGAUUGUUCCCGAGUAUUUAUUACAAGGGGCAUUCUGCAUUCUGUUUCUCGUGACAGGGCAUUGGUUCAUGUUCCUACUCUCACUACCCCCUGCAUACUAUAAUCUCACGCGGUACCUAUCACAGCAGCAUCGUAUAGAUGUAACCGAGGUUUUUAGAGUACUUAAUGCUGAGAAGAAGACUCGGAUUAUCAAGCUGGGUGUUUAUAUAGUCUUCUUCGGUCUAGUCAUUACCAGAACUGUUUGUGCAGGAACUUUUUCUGCUAUGCUCUCAUUCCUCUUCCCGAAUAACGAAGAAUUAGAUUUUCGUACCUCAGUACUUGAAUUUUAGAAGUUAGGCUUGCUUUAUCUGUUGUGCAUGCUGUAUUUGGCGAUGACGAUGAUGCUAUGCACUGGUCCGGUUUCAGUUGAAUUGCAAUCCUCUGCGGUUAUCUUCACGCAAUUCCCGUACAGUAACCAGCCAACAGUGACUCGACUGCCCCACUUAGUUAACGUUAACUACGGUUAGCCCCUUUCGGUUCUAUCUAACUUAGUCGUUUGGCCAUUCCAUUAUUUCUUGAUAGCUACAAGAAAUAGAUGUCAAGGCAAGAAAAUGUUGCUUGUUCAAUCUUCUAUUCAACUUGUUUAAAUUUUGAAUUGAUUUGUACGGAUUGCAAGAUACAGCGAUGUUUUGUGGGCCGGGUUGGAAUACAGGCUGUCAAGUGACAGCUAAUUGGGCCCGACAUAUAUUGUGGGCUGCGAUAUAGAAGGUUACUCAUAACGGUGUACAAUCAAUCUAAUUCAUAAUACGUUGAAUGUAAGGACAUUUGGACCACUACAA